AUGGUGAUCAUCUGGAUAUUUGCCGCCGGCGCCGGUGCCCUCUUCUUCCUAAUCAUCUUCAUCACCAGGUGGCCCUCCGGGUAAUCGAAUUCCGUCCACCCCCUCUACUCCUUUCUUCUACAAGUCCCCCUAUCUAUCUAAGUUAUCUCGAAAUUCUCACUCUCAGGAUCAAGAAGGACGCGAGGAAGAGUUCUAAUGGCGACGAUGAGAUGGCCCCUUCGACGGCGGCCAUCUCCCGCUACAGAAGUUCGUCGUUGAGGGAUUUAAUUGGGUUCGAGGCGCCGCCUCUACCCAUGACCGUAGAGAAUUCAGAGGAUCUGAACGUGCAUCUGAUCAAGCGACUCGCGUCGGUGAAGUACACCCCGCGCGCUGCCAGCUCCUUCGUCGGAGACUCCGCUCACGGCGGAAGAACGUCAGAGGAAUUGGAUGAAGAGCUACAGAUGAGGUUCCUGGUGUUGAAAGUUUCUCCAGGAGGCAGAGAAUCAGGCAGGAGAGAUUCUCAGGACGAUGAUGAGGAGUUGGAAAGGGAGCUGAUUACCAGGUUCUUCUUCCUGAAAAACUGCGACACCGCCAUCGACGACGGCGGAAUCGUCAAACCAGUGGCAGUAGAAAAGGAAGAGGUCUGUUGUAAGUCUGAAAAGGGGGAUCAACGCGAAGUAAACUCGUCGAACGAGGCUGAUGCGCCUGCCGGCGAUCAAUUCCCACCGGAGAACGACGCCGGCGGUGUCGAUUCGGAUCGCCCCGACUGUGACAGUAUCGGCGACGGGGUCUUAGCCGAGAGAGAUUUCGAGCUUCAAAUCGACGACAGUGACAGCCUCUUCGAUUCCGAAGAACUAGAGGAAUAUCUAGAAAGGCAGUUUCCCGAUUCAGAAGAAAUUAUUCGAAAUCCAACCAUAAAGUCGGCCAUGGCUGAACAGAAACAGAUAUGGGAGGAAGAAGAGGCGAGGGAUUCGGAGGAUCUCGAGCUUCAAAUCGACGACAGUGACAGCCUCUUCGAUUCCGAAGAACUAGAGGAAUAUCUAGAAAGGCAGUUUCCCGAUUCAGAAGAAAUUAUUCGAAAUCCAACCAUAAAGUCGGCCAUGGCUGAACAGAAACAGAUAUGGGAGGAAGAAGAGGCGAGGGAUUCGGAGGAUCUGAGCGUGGUGGCGUCCGAAGAAUUGGGGUCCCUGUGGGAUCACCCAGAGCUGGCAGACGGGCUGAAGAAGGUGGAUGCGAUGUGGUCGCGCCCCAUCUUGGAAGAUCGAUUGAAGACCCCCUUAGAGACGAGGAGCUUGAUCCGUAG